AUGGCGAAAGUAUACUUCCGCGGUCGGUCUGGUGGGAACUGAAAUUUUUACUUUUAUGCCGUGUUCAAAGUGAUUCCGCGAAAUUCAAAAUAGCCGUCAGAGAAAGAGAAAGACAACUAAAUUUUGGAGGGUCAGAGACAAUUUCGCAUUUCGCGGAAAUUACUUUGAACACGGCAUUACCCAUUUAUGGUUCCUCGCCUUCUGCGUGGAUAAACCCAUCUUUCGAUUUUUUUUAAGACGGUUUUUCCAAAAGAUAAUUCAUCUCCAUCAUUUUUCAUUUUUUCUGAUUGAAAAAUUAGUCGUUAACAUUUUUUUUUGCAAUAAGUUUUUUUUUUCUAAAUGUUUAAGUUAAACACGGUUUGUUGAAGGUUUACGGUUCGAAUCGGUGUCGAACUGGCUCAUUUGCAUGAGUAGCAUCCAAAACUUGCAACAGGUUCGUUUACUAGAGAGAGAGAGACGCUUACUAGUUCAUUUCUUGUUUCAAUUCGCCUUUUCAAAAGUAUAAUUGCAGCUGCGCGAAUUUUUGACAGUUUACAAUACUUUGACCGAACGUUGUUUCUCCAGCUGCAUCCGAGAUUACAACAGCAACGUUCUUAACAAAGACGAAGAAGGCUGCGUCUCUAAAUGUGUGACUCAUUGGUGUUUUUGUAUUAAAAUCGAAGUUUGCAGGUAUUGAGAAGCAGAUGCUAGUGAACCGACGGUUUAUGAUAGUAUUCGCAGAGCAAGCACCAAAAGUUCUCUUCAAGCAAGGUCAAGAAUCUCCCGUAGAAGCAAUCAAGGCAAAAAAGACCAAAGAAGAGCCAAAAGUCGAGGAGAAAGUAGAAACUAACGAACAAUAAGGUUUGGAAGUCUUUGAGGAGUGAACUUCGGAAAUUUUUUUCAGAUGAACGUAAUUUCUGAGCACGGUUUCCGACAGGAUGGUCGUCGUUCUUCCCAAAUUCGUAAUAUAAAUACUCGUCUUGGUUUAAAUAAAAGUGCCGAAGGCUCAUCUUACAUUGAGCAUGGAAAUACUAAGGUUUUCAUGAAUAUCAUAUUCUCAUUCAGAAUUUGAUUUGAGGUCCUCUGUGCUGUUUAUGGUCCAUAUGAAGGCAAAGCUUCCAGGCGUGUUGAGGACCGCUGUGUGAUCAAUUGUCAAUACAGGUUGAACCUCCUCACAGAAACAAAAUAAAAAAUAUGGCUUUCCAGUAUGACCACAUUUUCUGGGCUCGAGCGCAAAAAAAGGCCGCGAGGCGACAGAAAAUCCACAGAGAUGGCCCGUUUAUUGGAGAAAGCUUUCGAAUCAGUCGUUAUCACGGAGUCUUUCCCAAGGUCCCAGAUCGAUAUCUUCUGCGAGGUGAUCCAGGUAAAUUUGUCCUAGUUUCUGAAUUGCGGAAAAAAAAAACGAGGUUUCUCAGAAGUUUCCGCUGAAAGAGCUAUUUUGCAAAUUUUCGAUUUCUUCCUCAAUCUAUAAUAGUUUAGAAUGAAAGAUUUAAAAGGCCUAAAGUAGUACUUUAUUUUUUUGUUUUUUUGCAAGUGCAUGUUAUAAUUUUUAUCCUGCUUUCUUAGUUCUCACGAUUAUCGUAACUUUUUAUUUUGAUGGAGUAAGACGUUUAUUAUAUGCCGAAAUUUUUUCCCUUUGACUUGAGAAUCAUGAAAAGAUUUAUUUACGGCAAGAGACAUUUGUUGAAGAUAAAAAGUUCUUCUAUGUUUAUCUUCCUUCAAAAGCUUUUUCUUUAAAAUUUUAUUCUUGAUUUUCUCAAGAUGCAACAAUUUUUCAUAUCUUCCACUCCAACAACGGGUGCUCAGUGAAAGAUUUCAGAGCGACGGCUCGAAUUUGGCGGCGUGCGUGAAUGCGGCUUCCCUGGCCCUGGCCGACGCCGGAAUUCCGAUGAAAGGUCUGGCGUCGGCAGUGACUUGCGGCGUCAUCGAAGGAAAUCCUGUGGUGGACCUUGCCUCCCGUGAGGAAAACGACCUUAUGCCGAGAAUCACAGUAAGUGAUUCUAAAAAAGCAUAGUCAAGUUGUAAGAGAGCCAAUUGUAAUAUUAUCAAUGACCAAUUGAAAAAGUUUUUUUUAAUUCCUGACGACAGCUUAGUGAAACGAUUUCCGCGGAAAAAAAAAAUUCAAUUUUGUAACCUUCCACUCUUCACUUGCUAAGAAGUGUUCAUCUGUAAACUAUCACAUGGAGAAUAACUCUAUUUUUUCUCUGUAUCAAUCUUCAAAGAGCUUUCUCUUGAAUUUGAUUUCUUUCUCUUCACCAACACCCCCAAUCCUUUCAGAGACUCAUCAAUGUUUUUUUAAACACCAGAGGCGUUUAAGAAAGAAGUUCUCGAAAGCCAACCAGAUCAAAAUUAGAAAGAAUUGAUUUAAGAACUAACUGGCGUUUUUUUCUUUUCGUAAAUAUAAAUUUUUUUCAGUGCUUCAUUGAAACGCUUCAUGAUUGAGAAAGAAUUUUUCUAAUUCAAAAAAUUUAAAAAAGGUGUAUUUAUUACUACGAAUUUGAUUUUUUUCUUUUUCAAAAUCAGACACUGACGUCAAUUUUUUUAGUGUGUAGAGUAAAUUAUUUUUUUUUGAAAAAAAAUAUCACAAAUUUAGCUGGCGACGAUUUGCGGUCGAGACGAGGUGGUUCUGGUAGAGCUGCAGAAUCGGCUGCACGUCGACCACCUGCCGACGGUGAUGGAAACGGCCAAGGCGACGUGCGCCGACGUCUACGAAUGUCUUCAAGUCGUCGUUCAGCAACAUCUCAGGGCCUGCGCUCCAAUUGUCGGCAAUUAG